AGCUGAUACACUGUUACGCCUGUGUGACACUGUUUAGCGUUCGCGGGCCCGGGUCAGUUUCAUCACUGGCUACGUUAGUGAGACGUGUGCUGAUUUUCGAGCUAGUUUUUCAUAGCCUCAGUGCGAAAUUUUCAAACCCUCUAAACUUUCGGAUUUAAAAAAGUAAAACUUAAGUAAGUCUGCUUUCCGGCUAGGCUCGAAUACCUGACGUGUGUCUGUGUUGUGCUACCCGGCUGUCUGGAUGACCUAAGGAAGCUUCGUGAUUCCCCAUUCAGAAUGUCUGCAUUCCCAGAGUCUUCGUCCGAUUUAGAGGAGCGCUUCUCCGGCCCCUUCGCGUCCAAAGACGGCCAGCAAAACCUCGGACGUGAUUCGUAUCCACCGCCCACAGCGGAGGACUGGAGCGGGCUGGGGGCUGGCGACAACCAGACCUCCGGAUCUCCCGAACCAGUCCCUGAUUACGAGGAGCAGUUCGCCCACAGAUUCACGUCCGCUGACCAGGAGUAUCAGGAGUACCUCAAGCGGCCGUCGAACCCCCCGCCGAUAGUGGAGGAAUGGAGAGGUCGUGGAGGUGGUCACCACAAUCGGUACCAUGAACAACGGCCAUACAGAGGACAUGAUGGAGGCAGGGGUUGGUCUGGGAACCAGUGGGGUUCCCAGCAAUGGCAAGACAGGCGCUGGAGUCAUGGCAGUGGGCGGGACAACCCACACUCAGGGCAUCACAACUCCUAUAACCAGAGGCCACCUAACAACCGGUACUGAGGACCGCCGUAGGAGCAAGUAAUGAUGUAUGAAGACACGCCUUUGAUGCUGUGAUUCAAGUAAUGUCUUCGAGAAAGAGACCAUUUGGUGUAAUUAAGUAAACGAUAGUCUGGAGUUAUUUAGAUCGAUGGAAUAUGGUGAUGCUGUAUAAUUUUUUGUAGUUGAUGUGAUGUUAUCUUGCUGGGCUUGGUGUCGCAGUGCUUUGCACGGAUGUGUCACAGUUCUGGAGACCAAGGUUUGAGUCUCUGCCACAACUGAUUGACGUCUGCAGGUUUAGUAGCCCAAGAAAAACUAGACUUUAGGUUUGAUUAAUUGUUUUCUUUAUAUGAGGGCACUGUAACAAAUGCAAAGAAUGUUUUUUUUUUGCCUUUGGACUGGACUCUUUUUCAUAUUUCAUGUCUGUAUAUUUUUCUUGUGUCAUAUUUUAUACUGGGAAUGACAGGUUUCACAAUGAAAAGUUUUCAGACUGGUUUGAAUGAA